CCGUAACCGUCACGAGGCGUCGUCACGACGCCCGUCCGCAGUACCGCCACUACCACGACGCGCUUUCGCAAAGCUCAGUCAACGCCGAGCGUCGGUUGUUUCAACAUCGAGGCCGCCUAUGAUCACGACCCGUCGCUGCUGACAGACGAACAUCGCGAACAAAAGCGCACUACUCUCGCCCUUAUUUGGUAUCUUCAUCUAGUGUGCAGGGUGCGGUCAGAAGUGGGAUAGUGAAUAUUGUGAGUGACCGGGUGAUAUGUGCCAAGCGCGGUCGAGGGCCAGUUUUAGGGUGCCAUCAGAGUUGAAUGUCACCAUAUAGCAGGUACCGGCCAUUGCCGGUUAGUGGAUCAGACGGACUGGCUGCCGUUCUGCAUCAGAACGGAACACCGGGCUGCAGGCAGAGCCCCACCAGCGCCUGCAGAUUCCUCAGGUGGAUAUCCAGGUUCAGCCCACAACCGGGCAAUAAGCAAGGAAUAGGAAAUAUAGGAGAAUUAUCAGUAAAACAGUAA